AUUAUUAUUGUUUUAUGAUCUGUAGUAAAUCCUCAUCCUUUACAAGUGAUAUAGAUUUCCAGAUUCAUCCAAGAAAUGAUGAUGCUCAAGCUUUUCAAGUUCUUUUGCUGAAGUUUCAUUUCACUCAUAAUUUCCAUUGUCAUUCAGGGUAAGGUACAGAGACAUAGACCUUCACAUGGCGAUUCACGAACUGAGGUUAGUUAUUCCCUAAUAUACCGUAAUCUAAGUGAUCCACAAACUGAGGUUAGUUAUUCGCUAAUAUAUAAUCUAAGUGAUCUGUGAUCUACAUCUUGCUAUUUUGAUCUCCACAAAUUAUCCGCAUGUAUUGAAUGAUCUCUUUUUUACUGUACCCAAUAACCAUAUGAAAGCCAUGUAACAGGAUUGAUGGUAUUAUAGACCGUCAAUGCCUUUAGAGUUGAAAUAUCUCAUGAAGUUUACCACCUGCAGAUUCGGAGGCAGUCAACAUGGGAACUUAAAGCCUUCAAAGAGCGCUGGAAUCGUGCUGUCAAAGAGGACAAUAACUGGGUCGAUCCAUUUGCAAGAUACCAAAGGCGCAGAAAACCAAGAGGGCACAAAAAUUAAGUGGGAAGUUUUAGUUAAAACCCUCAACCUUAUAGUUCAGCUUCACCUCACACACAGUUACAGAAGUCUCUUUCUACACAUUUACAAUUUAGUUCACUUAGCCUUUGUUGGAUACUCAUAAUUAUUUCAUUUAUUUGAAUAAUUAUAUUUUUUUGAUUUUGAGUUAUAUAAUGAGAAGUUAUUUUCUCACAUCUUUUAAUCUACUUUAUUUACAUGUUAUGUGAUUCAAAACUUUUUAUUUUUACUAUAAGAAGAUUAUUAUUAAAUUAUUUAAAUAGUU